AAAUUUAGCAGAGAAGAAUUUUUAUUCUUAGCCAAAAUUGCUUAACAAACAGAACGCUUUAAUGAUAUGAUUGAAUUCAUUAAGCAUUUCUUGGAUCAAGAAUUAAACAAAGAAGAAAGAAGCAUAUUAUCUGCAGCUUAUAAAAAUGUGGUAUCAUCAAAUUGCUUAUUCAAAUUUUUAGGUGGGGAAUAAAAGAGCAGAAUUGAGAGUUCUCACUGCAAUUGAACAAAAAGAGUCAAGGAAAUAAACUGACCAAUACACAUUAAAUUAUAUCAGAAAUUACAAACAUAAAAUUGAAGGAGAACUCAAGAAUUCAUGUGCAGAAAUACUCAAUUUAAUUGAUAGCACUCUCUAUCCAAAUGCAAAAUAAGUUGAUAGCAAAGUCUUUUAUUUAAAAAUGAAGGGAGAUUAUAAUAGAUAUUUGGCAGAAUUCUUAUUAGAUAAUGAAUAUCAUGCUGCUGUUGAAUAAGCAACACAGGCUUACAAGUAAUUGAAUCUUUAUUCUUUCUAGAGAGGCUGAUGUCCUGGCAAAGUCAAAUUUAUCAACUACAUCUCCUAUUAGAUUGGGUUUACAUCUUAAUUAAUCUGUAUUUUAUUAUGAAAUCCUAUAAAAUGCAACUGAAGCUAUAAGAAUAGCCAAUGAUGCAUUUGAAUAAGCUAUUGCUUAAGUAGAUACAGUGAAUGAAGAGAAUUAUAAAGAUUGCACUCUCAUUAUGUAAUUAUUAAGAGACAAUUUGACUUUAUGGAAUAAUCCUGAAGAAGAAGCUAAUGACGAUUAAUGA